AUGGACGGUAAUACACAUAAUCCAACAAGAGAACUCGUACGAUUCAUAUUGAAUAUUACUCAUGAAAAGCGACAUGCUGCUAGUAUACAAUCAAUAUGUCACUAUGCUUAUUGUAUAUUUCCAAUCAACGACAAUGAUGAUGAAAAGAGUGAAUGUCGUGUUACACCAGCAACAUCAACAACUAAUGGAGCUGAAGAAGAAAAUUCCAGUUCUAUUAUAUUCAUUGCAACACAUAUUCGUUUAUAUAUUUAUCCAUUAUUUAUUUUAAUGGGUAUUUUUGGUAAUAAAUUAUCAUGUUUUAUUAUGUUUAUUAAUGCUCGUCGUAGUGGUUAUCCAGCUAGUCUUUAUUUAACAUUACUAGCAUUAGUUGAUUGUUUAUUUUUAUUAAUUAGUGCACUACCUGAGUGGAUAUCACAAAUAAAUAAUAAAUUAGAUAUAAGAAUGUUAUCAGAUUUUUCAUGUCGUUUGGUUUAUUUCUUUGGAAAUUUUACUACACAUUUAUCAGCUGGUCUUGUUGUUGGUGUUACUGUUGAACGCUUUAUUGCUGUACAAUAUCCACUAAUUGCACAUAAAAUUAAUACUGUUACACAUACACGUAUAGUAUUAAUUAUUUUAAUAAUAUUUUUCUUUUUACUCGAUAGUCCAAUAUUCACAUUUGUUAAACAUAAAAAUGACAGUGUUCACGUUGUAUUAGCAUGUAAGAAUGACACAUCUAUUAAUUAUGAAAGACGUGAUAUGAUUCGAUGUGAUGUCACAGGUAAACGUUAUGAUCAAAAAUGGGUUUAUAUUGAUUUUGCAUUUUAUAAUUUAAUACCAUUUUUGAUAAUUGUUACACUUAAUUCAUUAAUUAUUCGUCGUUUAAUUGAUGCACAACGUUUUCGACAACGUAUGUUUCGAUUUAGUAAUUAUACAUUAAGACAAAAUCAACAAGAUACAAAACAUCGACAUUGUUCUGAAAGUCAUCAAACAAUUGAGAUGAAUAGAAAACAACAUCGUCAUUUACGGCGUUUUCAAUCUGUUUCCGAAACAAAACCAUUAGUUAUUCUGUUACAUCCACAAUUGAGUCAAUCGGAAGAACGUCGUUUACGUUCUAGUACUAAACUCUCAAGUACAUCAACUGAAUUAUCAACAAUAUCAUAUGAAAUGAAAAAUCGUUCACGUCGUCAAUAUGAAAUCACAUCAAUACGUCAUAAAUCAAUAAAUACAUCAAGUUCAAAUCAUACACGUUUAACAAUAUUAUUAUUAGUUGUUUCAUGUUCAUUUUUAGUUUUAACAUUACCAGUUGUUGUUUUUAAUUUAAUUAUGUCAACUAAAUUACAAACAAGAUCACCAAUACUUCAAAGUAAUUAUAUAAAUUCAAUAACACCUGACAAAACUGAUUCUAUUACUGUUCUUCUUCAUACACUUGCACGUUUAUUAAUGAUUAUAAAUCAUUCAAUAAAUUUUAUUCUUUAUUUUGUUCUUGGUAAACGUUUUCGUCGGGAUUUAAAACAAUUAUUUGUUGGUUAUUGGAGAAGAUUAUAUCGAUAA